GGAUGAUGGGCAUUCUCAGAAGAACACACUUCCAUUAAGCAUCAGUUUCCUACAACUUAAUCUGCAAAGGACACUUUGAUGGUCCUGAAGUGUGGCAUGAACAGUGAGGAUUUGGUUACUUGACCAUGUCCAAUGGCACAGUGAAUAGAACCCAUGGAGUUGACAGUUCUCAGUAUAAUUACCUUGCGCUUGUGUUUGGUGUGCCAUUAAUAGUAGCCAUCAUCCUGGGCAAUGUGCUGGUGUGCCUCAGCGUGCUGAUUGAGAGGUCCUUGAAGACAGCGACAAACUACUUCAUUGUCAGCCUGGCUGUAGCAGAUUUACUUCUUGCUGUUCUUGUCCUGCCUCUCUUCGUGUACACUGAGUUUCAGGGAGGGAUUUGGACUCUGAACAGCUUCCUGUGUGAUGCAUUAAUGACAAUGGAUGUGAUGCUUUGCACAGCUUCCAUCUUCAACCUCUGUGCAAUCAGUGUGGACAGGUACGUUGCUGUGAUCGUUCCGCUGAAAUACAACAGGAACCACUUCAGUGGGCGCCAGCUGAUUCUCAUCAUGGCCACCUGGCUCCUGUCGCUUGGGGUGGCUUCCCCAGUCAUCUUUGGGCUCAACAAUGUUCCUGGCCGGGACGUGACAGAUUGUAAACUGGAAGACGGCACAUUUGUGGUUUACUCCUCGGUCUGCUCCUUCUUUGUGCCGUGUCCAAUCAUGUUGCUCCUGUACUAUGGAAUGUUCCGGGGCCUCAAACGCUGGGGGGAGAACCGCAGGAUCACACUCCCAUCCCGGGAUCGCACGUUCGCCUUCAACCUCUCACCCCGCAAGCGCGAGAGACACGUGGUGAAAUACAUUGUGCCAAAUCUAAGCCCCAACGCAGCUAAGAACAUUCCGGAAAGUGACUUGAUCACUACACAGCUCGACAGCACUUCCGAUGUGGAGACACCUGAUGGAACAAAGGCAGGAACCCCAAAGGAGAAUGGGGCUCUAUCGCGGCACGGCCUGGGGAGAGAGCCCUUCAUGAGAAGCCGCAGAGUCAGUGGCCGUGAGAGGAAAGCGAUGAAAGUCCUCCCGAUUGUUGUAGGAGUGUUCCUUGCUUGUUGGACUCCGUUCUUUGUGGUUCAUGUUCUGAAGGUUUUGUGUGAAGCCUGUUCCAUUGGCUCCAUGUUGAUCAGUGUGGUCACAUGGUUGGGAUACGUAAACAGUGCAGUCAACCCCAUUAUUUACACCAUCUUCAAUACCGAGUUCCGAAACGUCUUUCAGAAGUUACUACACUGUCAAACAUGAGCACAGCCUUAUCAAUCCUCGCUGUGUUUGCGUUUAGAACAAUCUGGAAAAAGCAUCUUUUGAAGAUCUGGACGUCUGAUAGCACGGUCCUGUCUUGUCUAAAAGCUUUCAAAUGGACCUUUUAACAAUCCUCCAGUGAAUCAGCUGGAGCAUGUGACAGGAGAAGGAACUGCUUCAGGAAGCGAGGAGUUCAGGAACAUGUCAGAUCUCAUCACCUUGACACAACUACAUUGCAAGGCUCAGAGGCUGACCUUUGGAGAUAACUGUAUGCCCAUGUACUGGACAGGUGCCAGGAGUGUGCCAGGAACUCUCUGUUAUCCAUGGGGCAGAGACACGGCCCAGGGGAAGAAGAUCCACACUGUCUAUAAGAUCUGUUAGUCUCUCUGAAGGCACAUUUCCCCAUAACAUUGUCAAUUCUUUCUUUUCAUAUAAUCAUCUGAACCCCUUCCAAAAUCUUCAAUUGAGCGUUCCUUCAUCAUAUUUUCAGGCAAUAUGUUCCAGGUCCUAACUAUUCACCUGUGAAGAAAAUCUUCCACACGCCAUCAUUGCUUUACUUGCCAAUUAUGUUAAAUCAAUACCCUCUUGUCCUUAAUCUUCUACCAAUGGGAACAGUUGUCCUACUCAGUCCUUUCUACUCUGUUCAGAUCCUUCAUGGUUUUGAAUAUCUCGAUCAACUCCCCUCUCAACCUUCUCCAAAGAAAAGAAUUCUAAAUUUUCCAAACCAACCUCAUAACUGAAGUUUCUCACUCCUGGAGUCAUCCUUGUGAUAUUGUUACUGUACCCUUUAUAACGUUGUCAUGUGUUUCCUAAUGUCUUCUCUCAGCUGGACACAAUUCUCAAGCUGAGACUAAACCAGUAUUGUGACCAGUGAUCUGUUACUGUUCAAAGUGGUCCCUUUGAUUUAUGCUAAAUGCUGCUAUUGGUAAGAACCAGAACCCUGUUAGCUCGGCCACCCUAGUUGCCCUUGAGAUGGUGAUGGUGAGCUGCCUUCAUGAAGAACUACAGUCUAUUUGGUGUAGUUAGAGCCACAAUGCUGUAAUCUAGGGAAUUCUGGGAUUUUGACCCAGCGACAGUGAAGA